AUGAAGUUCCUCACUCUCGCCCUCGCCUUGGCCGGCGCCGCCAACGCCCACACCAUGCUCUCCGAGAUCUACAUCAACGGUGAAUCUCAGGGCGAUGCUACUUGCAUUCGCACUCCCAAGGAGGGAGACACUGCCACCUCCCCCGUCGCCGGCCUGACCAGCCCCGACAUGGCUUGCGGCAAGGACGGUGCUACCGCCGCCGCUUACACCUGCCCCGCCUCCGGCAGCUCCAAGAUCACCUUCGAGUUCCGCCAGUGGCCCGAUGCUCGCCAGGAGGGCUCCAUCGACCCCUCCCACCGCGGUCCUUGCGCCGUCUACGUCAAGAAGGUCGACGAUAUCAUGACCACCCCUGCUGCCGGUGAGGGCUGGUUCAAGAUCUGGGACCAAGGCCUCGACGAGAAUGGUGAGUGGUGCGUCGACAAGCUCAUCGCCAACAAGGGUCUCCUGACCGUCGAGCUCCCCUCCGGCCUCCCCGCCGGUUACUACCUGGUCCGCCCCGAGGUUGUUGCCCUCCACCAGGCCGUCUCUCUGCACGAUCCCCAGUACUACGUCGGCUGCGCCCAGAUCUACAUCCAGGACGGUCCUUCCGGUACUCUCAACAUCCCCUCCGAGAACGCCGUCAGCAUCCCCGGCUACAUCGACGGCUCCGAGGUUGGCAACAACUGGAACCUCUACGACAGCGCCCAGAACCCCUCCGGUGGCUACCCCAUCCCCGGUCCCAAGGUCUGGAGCCCUACCGGCACCUCCUCCGGCGCCAAGGCUCUCUCCGCCAAGGACAUUGAGGGCGCCAUCCCCUCCAACUGCCUCGUCAAGAACGCCAACUGGUGCGGUGUCCCCCUCGAGACCUACUCCACUCAGACCGGCUGCUGGGCCCAGGUCGACGCUUGCUACGCUCAGGGUGAGAAGUGCUUCGACUCUGCUCCCCCCACCGGUGCCAAGAACUGCGAGGCCUGGAACGCCGGCAUGUGCAAGGUCAUCGAGGCCUCCUGCCGCUCCGGAAACUUCAACGGUCCCCCCGAGAACCAGAUCGCCGAGUCCACCACCCCCGCUCCCGGCCCCAUCCCCGCCGCCGUCAACCUCAACCUCCUCGGCGGCUCCUCUAGCUCCAGCAACGACGCCCCCGUCUCCUCUGCUGCCGCCUCCAAGACUUCUGCUGCCCCCGUUGUCGCCUCCUCCGCCCCCGCUGAGUACGCCGCUGAGGACCCCGUCUCCAGCGCUCCCUCUCCCACCGUCGCCCCCACCUCUGCCGCCCCCGUCCAGCCUGCUCCCGCCUCCUCCACUGCCGCCGCUCCCGCCCCCAGCACCAGCAACGGCGUCAAGAUCUCCACCGACGGCAAGUGCGGCGGCGACAACGGCACUUGCAGCGGCAGCAGCUUUGGUCUCUGCUGCUCUCCCAUGGGCACCUGCGGCAGCAGCAUGCGUCACUGCGGCUGCGGCUGCGACAACGCCUUCGGUCUCUGCGUGGAGAAGUACCAGAAGAAGGGCAAGAGCAACUAA